GCUGAUAAUUGAUAACUAUUGUACAAAUUGUCAUUACUGAUUUCAGUGCAAUAUAUGAAAAUAAUUUUAACUGAUUAAAAUCAGAAAAUGGCAGAACGAAAAUUAAAACCAACAGAAAUAUUUGAUGUCGAAUCAAUUCGACAUCCCAUAAUUGAAACUACAACUGAAUCCCAAUUGAAAUAUAAAGAAAUUGAAAAUGGUGGAAAAUGGCUCAUGUUCAUAAAUAAAUCAAAAUUGGAUGAGGUUUGGGAAAAAUGUUGUAAAUUGUACGACGAAGGUCAACUAACUGGUGUUUCAAAUAUAAGAUCUUCAACUAACUAUAAAAUUCCAAAAAAUAGAUUUAGUAAUAAAACUGGUGUUAUCAGAUUUUAUUGUGUUCCAUCAGCCAAUAACGAAACAGAAAUAAUGGAAAUUGGGAAAAAUAUUUUAAAAUUAAUUCCUUAUCAAAGUGAUUCUGGAUACAUGACUUACAAGUCGGAUGAACAAACUAAACGUGGAACCAGACAAACAGGUCAAAAAAUUAAUCAUCUUUAUAAAUUAGAAGUGCCAAGAAGAUUGCCUGCGGAAGAUUUCGAUAAAAUGAUAAAAGAUUUCGCCGCAUUAAAAACUGGUCCUUCUUCAACAAAAAAAGAUUUCACUCAAAAUAAAUAAUUAUGUGAACUGUCUUUUAU